CUGCAUUUUCCAUCUUUGCAGAAUCCAGCUUCUCUCCCCAACCCCCUGGCCUCCGGCUACUCACCAAGAUUAUGCCCCCUGUCCUUUGGCGAAGGAGUGGAAUUUGACCCCUUACCGCCAACAGAAGUAAGGUACACGUCCUCGGUCAAGUACGACUCAGAGCGGCACUUCAUCGACGACGUCCACCUGCCCCUGGGCCUGGCGGUGGCCUCCUGCAGCCAGACCAUCACCUGCGUCCCCAGCUGCACGUGGCGCAACUACAAGGCCGAGGUGCGCUUUGAGCCCCGCCACAAGCCUGCCCGCUUCCUCAGCACCACCAUCGUCUACCCCAAGUACCCCAAGACCGUCUACACCACCACCCUGGAUUACAACCGCCACAAGACCCUGAGGAGGUUCCUGUCCAGCGUGGAGCUGGAAGCCACGGAGUUCGUGGGCGGUGAUUACCUGUCGGACGAGAGCUGACUGGAGCGGGCUGGGGGGGCUGGACCAGCUUUCGCCGUCCUGGUCGAGGGGGGCCCAGUGGCCCUCGCGUGUCAUCCUGGCCCCAGAAGAGUCUAACCCAGAGAUACCUCUGAGCCCAGCUUAGGGAAGGAAAAAAUAAGUCACGGUAUCUUCUAAUUAUUCAGAGAAUUUGGUUUUUACAGUUUUUUCAAAUUGUUUUUCAAAGGAGUGUAUUUCCUAGUCUGCUGCUACCUAGCUUCCCCAAAGUCUCAAUGUGAUAAGAAAAUAAAAGUGUGGCUAGAGCAACACGAAAAUGGCCACAAUUUGAAACAGGGAUGGUGAGGAUAGCUCUCCUUCCACUGGUCAGUAGUUCUGAGGAGGAGUGUAAGAGGAAAUUUCUGAGAUGGAAAAAGUGAGUUUGAAGAAAUUUCAGCCCCGGGUGUCUUCACUGCUACAAAAGUGAUGCUAAUUCAGUGAGCUGUGACACCCAUAUGGGUUCAAUCUGUGGAGAGUUGAGUUCUAUUCUGUUUUUUAUUUCCAUUUGUAUUUCCUGUUAAACCAAAGCCCUUGGAAUUCUCUAAAUCUUUUUUGUGAUAUCGAAAAACCCCAAACUCCAAUAUAAGAUGUCUUGAAAAAAA